AUGUGGGAGCAUAGAUGGGUGUUCUCAGCCAGGGUCAUAGAUGAGACUUACAAAGAUUGGGUAUGGCACGGGGAACCAUCUAGGGCAACGGUGAAUGCCAAUGAAGGGGGAUCUGAAGCUACUGUAGAUAUGGUAGAAGAUGGUGAUGCAGUAGAUAAUAUAGGAUUGGGAGAUCAGGAAGAAAAAGGGGCUAGUGAAGAUGAGGAGUUUUUUGAAAAUGGUGAGGAUGAGCAGUAUUCUGUAGAAUCGAAUGACUUCAUGAGGUUAGUUGAGGAUGGAGAUAAAGCUUUGUAUCCCGGUUGUACAAAGCACACAAAGUUAAAUGCACUUAUACAGAUUUUUAACCUUAAAGCAAAACAUGGAAUGUCCGAUGUGUGCUAUUCUGACAUGUUGAUCAUGAUCGGAAUAUUUCUCCCUGAGGGUAAUGAGAUACCUGGUUCGCAUUAUGAGGCUAAGAAGACUUUGGCUACAUUAGGAAUGGACUAUAAAAAGAUCCAUGCAUGUCCUAAUGACUGCAUUUUGUACAGAGGACAGCAUGCUGAUGCGAGUAGUUGUCCUACAUGUGGGGAGUCAAGGUGGAAAUUAGGCAAAGAUAAUAUUGAGAAGCAAGGGGUACCCGGGAAGGUGUUGUGGUACUUUCCCCCAAUCCCACGUUUCAAACGCAUGUUUCAAUCGACAAAAACUUCCCAUAACCUAACUUGGCAUGCAAAUGAAAGGAGGAAGGAUGAGUUUAUGCGUCAUCCUGCAGAUGCCCCUACUUGGAACUCUUUAAGUAGUAGAUAUUCAUGCUGGCCAGUUAUACUAGUUACGUAUAACCUCCGUCCAUGGCUAUGCAUGAAAAGGAAGUUCAUGAUGCUGACAUUAUUGAUUUCUGGACCUAAGCAACCCGGAAAUGACAUUGAUGUAUACAUGCAGCCCUUGAUUGACGAUUUAAAAGCUUUGUGGGAUGGGAUAGAUGGAGUGUAUGAUGCAUUUAGAGGAGAAUACUUUAAACUGAGAGCUGUUUUGUUUUGGACGAUUAACGACUUUCCCGCUUAUGGGAACUUAUCGGGUAGUGUUACUAAGGGGUACAAUGGUUGUCCUAUAUGUUGUGAGAACACAAAACCACAUCGGCUAUCUCAUGGACAGAAAAUGAGCCAUAUUGGUCACCGGAGAUGGUUACCGCGCCAUCAUCCUUACCGAAGGCUGACCAAAGAGUUCAAUAACUUACCGGAGUUUGAAACUGCCCCUGAACCCUUAAGUGGAGAAGAGGUAUUAGAAAGGGUUGAGGGCAUGACCUGGUCAUUCGGUAAAAAGAAUCCUCUUCCAAUAUAUAAGGGUUUGGAAGACCAAACCAGACCUUGUUGGAAGAAGAAGUCCAUAUUCUUCGAACUUGAGUAUUGGAAAUUUCUUCCGGUUCGACAUAAUCUCGAUGUCAUGCACAUUGAGAAGAAUGUAUGCGAUAGCAUUAUUGGUACAUUAUUCAAUAUUCCUGGAAAAACGAAAGAUGGAGUCGCUGCUAGGUUGGAUAUGGUGGAAAUGGGCAUAAGGACUGGUUUGGGACCAACACCAGGGCAAAAAAAAGACAAGUUGCCUUUGGCAAGUUGGAAUCUGCUGCUAGAAGAGAAGAGAGCAAUGUGCAUGUCUUUUUUCAACAUGAAGGGUCCUUACGGCAUUUCCUCAAAUAUAAGGAACCUUGUUUCCUUAGAUGACUUAAGGCUGGUUGGUCUCAAAUCACAUGAUUGUCAUAUGGUGAUGCAACAGCUACUACCGAUUGCUAUACGUUCAAGUUUGGAGAAACCAGUCCGGUUUGCAAUCAUUCGGUUUUGUCUCUUUUUUAAGGCAAUAUGCAGCAAAGUGAUAGAUGUUAGGAAGCUGAAAAAAAUGCAAGAAGAUCUAGUUUUGACAGUUUGUGAGCUUGAGAAGUAUUUUCCACCAUCCUUCUUUGAUAUCAUGAUUCAUCUCACAGUCCAUCUUGUUAGAGAAGUUGAGCUUUGUGGACCAGUUUUCUUUAGGUGGAUGUACCCUUUUGAAAGGUACAUGAAAACCCUCAAAGGGUAUGUUAGAAAUCGAAACCAUCCAGAGGGUUGCAUUGCUGAGUCAUAUGUUGUUGAAGAAGCAGUGGAAUUUUGCUCAGAUCGUAUACUUUCUGGUGAAAAUACAGUUGGCAUCCCAUCAGUAGGCAUUUUUGAUGAAAGCUGCACCAAACCAUUAUCUGGUGCUACUGUUGUGUCCAUUUAUGGAAGGGAGUUGGAACUAGCACAUCUUUGCGUAUUACAGAAUACAGAGGAGGCAAGACCAUACUUCAUUAAGCAUAUGGAGAUUUUGGAGCUUACCUAUCCUAAAUUCAAAGAUAAUCAGAACUGGUUGACUAAUAAGCAAAAUCAAAUUUUUGCUAAGUGGAUUAAGGAGAAGGUUCUUGAAGAAUUGAGCAAUCCUAAUAAUGAUAUCUCUGAAACUUUAAGGUGGAUUGCAGAUGGACCAAAUCCAGAUGUACCUACUUUUUGUAGUUACAUGGUUAACGGGGUUCAUUUCAAUACCAAAGAACGCGACGAUGUAAGAAAAGUGCAAAACAGCGGUGUUUUCCUACAUGCCCGUGCUUUACAAGUAGCUAGUGCAAAGGACAAAAACCCAAAAUUGGAUGAUAUGCAAUUUUAUGGAGUGAUUACAACAAUUUGGGAGAUGGACUAUCAACGGUUUAGAAUUCCUGUGUUCAAGUGCGAUUGGGUUGAAAACGCCAAAGGCAUUAAAGUAGAUGAGUUUGGGUUUACGUUGGUAAACUUGAAUAGGAUAGGUCAUGUGAGUGAUAAUCCUUUUGUUUUAGGUAAGGAUGUGAAACAAGUAUGGUAUGUAGCUGACCCUCUUGAUGAUGAUUGGUCAGUAGUUAUAACUUGUCCUGAUAGAGAUUAUGCAAAUGAUAAUGAUGAAGCAGAAGAGCUUGAAAAUUUGGAAGUGGAGCAGCAGCCCUUUAUACCAACAAUGCCAGCAAUUGAGUCAUAUGACAAUAUAGUUGAUGAUGAUGAGAACCACUACAUGCGAGAAGGGAACGAAGGGAUAUGGGUUGAUAAAUGA